AUGGCGAGGUGGAACAGUCUGAUCACUUGGGGCCUUCUCUUAAUCUUACUUCAGGUUGCUGUUGCUCAAGCCUUCGUGCCCGCGAGACGUCAAGAGAGCGGAACCUCAACGACUGCGGUUGCCUCUUCUGCUCUAUCCCAAAGCGUACAAGAUGCCGAAACUACUGCAUCGUCGGCUUCUUCAACAAUGUCAACGGUAGUUACUACCACUGAUUCACCCUCUGUUUCUGCCACCGUCUCUAGUCCUCCGAUCACCCCAACUGGAGGCAGCACCUCUGGCAACUCAAGCCUUGACACCGCUACCAUUCCGGAAGGAGAGCUACCCAUCGAGCCAAAGGUCACACCAGGUUGGGCCGUAGCUGGCGUCAUCCUGCUUUGCACCGGGGUCAUUUACAGUCUGAUUGGUAUAAAGAACACAAUCUUGCACAAUGCCUUCUCCGUUGCGUACGUCGUCGGCUUGGGCAUAACGGUCUUGGUCGUCUACGUCAUGGUCAUCCCAGUAUCCAAUGGAUCUCAAGGGGCUUAUGUCGUUGCGGCAAUCCUACCGGCCAUUGCAGUUGGCGCCCUUGCUUCUUGGUUCUUCAAAGAGAUCACGGAGUGCCUUGGAUGUGCUCUUGGCGGAUUCUGCCUGUCAAUGUGGAUCCUUUGCCUCCACGAGGGCGGACUGCUCUCGGGAAUCGGCAAAGUCAUCUUCAUCAUUGCCUUCUCACUAGUGGGAUUCGCGUCGUACUUUACCCGAUGGACCCGGGACUGGGCGCUCAUGGCUACAAUCUCCUUCAGUGGCGCCACGGCAACUGUGCUUGGAAUUGACUGCUUCAGCCGCGCUGGACUGAAGGAGUUUUGGGCAUACAUUUGGGAUUUGAACAACAACCUUUUUCCUCAAGACACCAAUACAUACCCGCUGACCAAGGGCAUUCGCGUCGAGGUCGGCGCCAUACUUGUAAUUUUCUUCAUCGGCAUCAUUUCUCAGAAGAGGUUGUGGAACGUCAUCAAGGAUCGACGCAGGAAGCGAGAAGAAGAACUGGCCGAGGCUCAGCGAGCUCGUGACGACGAAGAGGCCAACAUUGGAAGAGAGCUUGAGGCUCGUAACGCUCGGGAACGACGGGCAUGGGAAAGAGCCCAUGGGGAUUACGUGCCAGACAGCGAUGAUCAUGAUUCCGGCUUUGCUCGCGACAGCGAGAGUGAGAAGGCCAUUCGAUACAGUCAGAGCACCGCUACGCCUCGAUCACACGCACCUCCCGUGGCUGAAAUGCCAGGAUCAGACGUCCCUCCCACUGUUCCCCCAAAGCCAACGUCUCAAGGUUUGAUAAUUUCCGGACAGGAGAAGGACGUCGUCGUAACAGUGCGCGUUGCUACGGAUGAGACCCCCACAGAAGCCGAUGCUGCGGAUAAGGCGGUUGAUCAGAAGGAAGACCCCAAAGACACAGCCGUUGUACAGAGCGUGCAAGAAGUGGCCCCGGUUCCUGAAGUGGUACCUUUGCCAUUCAGAUUCCCUGAUGAGGAGGCAAUGGCCAGAGACAAGGAGGAACGAUCUACGAUUGCAACAUUUGCCGAUGAUGAUGAGGAGGUCCAGGCAGGUGUCGGCAGCAAGCGGAGUUCCUUUGCGAAGCGUCUUUCCCAAAGUUCGGCACAGCUGAUGCGGAGGGUUUCCCAGAGGACGUCGAUGUCGCUUCGUAAAGAAGACGGCGAUGAGGAGUUGGUGGCCCUUCAAUGCCCGAGAGAUGACGACGCCGUUUCUCUUGCAGCAACUAUUGAUACUCAAAGCGACAGCGGCGCGGGGACCGUAGACGGUGAAUGCCGGCGCAGCAUCGAGAUCAACGCUCAGUUUUCAGGAGAGCAACAGACAAGCAACAAGCCGGAGGCCUCAUCAGUUUCAGUUCCUCGACAAAGUAUCACCGAUGGAGACUCUAUUAGACGAGUGUCAGCCUUGACAGCCGUCACUGACAUGCCAAUUCAGUCUCCGACCAAGGAAGUCACUCUCCCCUCUGCUGUUGAAGGGAUGGAACCGGAGACGGUCACUCCCGUCGGCGACGUCGCCAAAGAAGACAACCUCAAGCAGCCAGAGCAAACGGAGUCAGAUGAAAGCCAACAACCCCAGGAAGCCAAAUCAACACCAUCGCUCCAUUCCACGCCCCUGAACCUGACACAAGAGCGUCUCCCGCCCAGCUUCUCCAAUGUUGCGCUACACUAUCGCACGAACGAAUGGGCCAAGCACCUGAGCCACGCCGAGGCACCCGAGCCUGAAACCUUGAGGACUGGAGACGACAGACCGCAGACGCGGGAAGCUCCAGCUCCUGUACAUGUCGAAGAACUUCAGCAAACGGCCCUAUCCGCCACGCCUGCGCCAACUCCGUCAAUAUCUCCUGGCCCCAUCGCCACACCCUCACCUACGCUGACCCGACCAAAGUCGACCCAGUCGGCAAGCCGCGGCCACUCAAGAAACAACUCUUACCAGUCACAUCGCCGCGCAUCAAGCAAGACUCGGUUCGAUCCCAUUGCAGAGGAAGAACAACGAGCGCUCUCCCGAGCCCCAAGUACAAAGAGCAGCAGCUCCGGCCUCGUGCCCGGCAUUGUUUCUUCAGCAACAGCCUCAGCUGUCUUUAUCCCGCCGCCGCCGCCACCCGGUAUCAUGUCUUACGACAGCCCUCAGAGCUUGAUUGCGCAGAGAAGCAUUGCUCUGCGGAACAAGACCUACGGAAUCCUGACUGGCGCCAACAACAUGCCCGAGAUCCCUGCCGCGCCCUACCGGACCCAUAGCGAAACAGGCUCCACGUACAACUACCCCGUCUACCCGUCGCAAAUGCCGCCAGCUUCUCUGGACGACCUUCCGUUGAGCCAGCGCAAGGAGAUGAUCCGCCGCCAGAGUAGCUUUGGAACAAUGAGGUCUUCUCCCGAAGGAUCCAGAUCAGCCAGCGGGUCGUACCCGCAGCCCGGUAUGUCCGCCGAGAACGUCGCCUUUGACUCCCACCAGCCAAUGCGCUACUCCAACAUCCCCUCGCAAGACGCCCGCGACGCCAGGCUCGCAAGCUUCCGGGACUCUGUUCGAGCCGAUCUACGUGCGGGUAUGGCCUCCCCCGCCCCCGCUGUCAACGGCCGCGACAUGGCACUGAGCAUGUGCCGUGCGCCGAGCGCCUCGAACCUGGCCGCCAGCCAGGCCGCCGCGCGCGAGGCCGAGAUGCAGAGGAACAUUGACCUGCAGCGGAGCUUCAUGAUGAGCCAGAAGGAGGCGGAGGCGAAGCGCAAGGAGAAGGCGAGGAUCGACAAGGAGAGGUCCGAUCAGGCGUUUACGAGGAGUAUGCAGAGCGGCGAGAUGUUUGAAUUACACCGCGAGGCGAUGCGGAAGAUGCAGAAAAGUGCCAGAGAUGCCUGA